CAGAGUCAACGUGACCUUCCGCGUCCUCAAACGUCAGUCAGCAGCAGGCCGCAGAUCCGUUAACAGCUUUGUCAAUCGAUACCUACAUUUUCCCGUGCAGCAACCGUUCACUAAAUCAAGCCUGCCAAUAUGGUCUGGAUAACCGCCGACGAUAAGAUGGCUGGCAAGCCGAAUUUUACCGCACUCAACGCGCAGAGCCACUUGGACCACAUGUGCGCCCUCGACAUUGAUUCUCACACCCUGUUCACUCGUCUUUCUGGGAUAAUAUGCACGAUUGGACCGGCCUCAAGACCCGUGGAGAUGCUCGAGAAGAUGAUCGAGACCGGCAUGAACGUCGCUCGGCUCAACUUCAGCCAUGGAUCUCACGAGUAUCAUGCCGAGACGAUCGCCAACGUGCGCCAGGCCCAGAAGAAUCUCACCGAAAGGAAUGGAUUCUGUGUACCAGUUGCUAUCGCACUUGAUACCAAGGGACCGGAAAUUAGAACGGGCCUUCUCGAAGGGGGUGGCUCAGCCGAGGUUGAACUGAAGAAAGGCCAGACUUUCAAAUUAACGACGGACAAGGCUUAUGCUGAGAAGGGCAACAAUGAAACUGUCUACGUCGACUACGAUAAUAUUUCCAAAGUAUUAAAAGUCGGCAACAGAGUGUACGUUGAUGAUGGCUUGAUGUCCCUGAUCGUCACUGCCGUCAGCCCCAACACAAUUACAACAACGGUUGAGAACGGCGGCAGCUUGGGCUCUCGCAAAGGUGUCAAUCUUCCAGGAGUUCCGGUUGAUUUGCCCGCCGUGUCCGAGAAGGACAAAUCUGACUUGCAAUUUGGUGUUGAUCAGGAAGUCGAUAUGAUCUUCGCCUCGUUCAUUCGCGACGCAGAUGCGUUGACCAAAAUUCGCGCGAUUCUCGGCGAAAAGGGAAAGAACAUCAAAAUCAUUUCGAAAAUUGAAAAUCAACAAGGUAUGACCAAUCUUGAUGAGAUCAUAGAAGCAUCUGAUGGUAUCAUGGUUGCCCGUGGUGAUCUCGGAAUUGAGAUCCCACCCGAGAAAGUGUUCUUGGCUCAGAAAUGCAUGAUCAGUCGAUGUAACAAAGUUGGAAAGCCCGUGAUAUGCGCUACCCAAAUGUUGGAAUCAAUGGUGAAGAAACCUCGUGCCACGAGAGCCGAAUCUUCUGAUGUAGCUAAUGCCAUCUUGGAUGGUGCUGACUGUGUCAUGCUUUCUGGUGAAACUGCCAAAGGAGAAUAUCCAUUGGAAUGUGUGCGCACAAUGGCCAACAUCUGCAAGGAAGCUGAGGCUGCGAUCUGGCAAAAUCAACUGUUCACUGAUCUGUCGAACAAGGCCGUCCCACCAAUCGACGCUACUCAUGCAGUAGCUGUUGCUGCAGUCGAAGCGUCUGCUAAGUGCCUUGCCAGUGCCAUCAUUGUUAUCACCACUUCUGGCAGAUCUGCUCACUUGAUCUCCAAGUACAGACCACGAUGCCCAAUUAUUGCUGUUACCAGGUUCCACCAAGUUGCUCGGCAAUGCCAUCUGUAUAGAGCUAUUCUGCCUCUUUACUACACAGAGCCACCUGUAUCCGACUGGCUUAAAGAUGUUGAUAUCCGUGUUCAAUACGGUUUGAACUUUGGUAAAGGUCGUGGAUUUGUACGAACUGGUGAUUCUGUCGUCGUUGUCACCGGCUGGAAGCAAGGUUCCGGAUUCACGAACACUCUGCGCGUUGUGUCUGCCGAGUGAAUUGACAUCAGAAUUUCUGAUGUAGGAAACUAAGCCAAUCCUGUGGAUAGAUUUAUUAAAUAGGAAAUAAGUAAGAUCACCAGUUCCAAAAUGUUUCGAUGUGUGCAUAUUUGUAUGCGAUCACUCAUACAUUGAUAACAAUAUUGUGUAUGAUUAUAAUAAGUACUGUUGCGUUUGCUAGUCUUUUUUCGAUGCUGUGCUUCGCUUAUGUCUUAGACUUGCAGUAUUAUUUUUAAUUAAAUUAAUGCUACAAUACAGCACACAAAGAAACUUUAAAUAAAAAAAGAUAAUUAUAUUAUCUAAUAAAAAACAGAGUAAUGUUAAAAUAAAAUAUAGAAUCUCUACUGAUAAGAAACACAUGAAAAAAUAAUUUACUGUAAUAUCAUUUUAAUGCCAGUCAAUUUAGCAAAUUUCAGGUUUUUUUUCAUAUUUAAUAAUUCAAACAUUUCUUUUAAUUACGUUGUUAAUUGGUAUACUAUGUUAUCAAGUGACAAUGUAAUUUAUAUAUUAUGCUUUAAUAAA